AUGACAGAAUCAGCCGCUUCCGUCGAAAGACUUCUUUCGACAGCGACACAGCCGCGUGUAGUAGAAAUAUUCGGGCGGCUCCCGGCUGAUACGAGCCGAUGCAUACCGGACGAAGUGAACGAAAUGCUCAAAUACUAUGCAUUCGACGAUGCAAUCUUUCUUGCCGAACUGUACUAUGAGACUGAAAAGAGGAGUAAGAAAUGAUAGAUUAGUGUCUUACUGUCUUCUUUUUCUUCUUUUAGACGACAGUCCGGACGCUCUUCUAUUGUAUGCAGAUUGUUUAUACAGAGCCAAUCGAAAACAGGAAUGUUAUGGGCUCCUCCGUUCCGUGAAAUUAUCCGGGGCAAGACUUCACUACUUGUUCGCAAGAGUGUCUUACGAUUUGAACAAGUAAGCGGUCCCUAUCACUCUUUUUCACUUUUUUGCUUUCUUUAGAAUUGACGAAGUUCGUGGGGCCCUUUUUGAGCAUGACGACGGGCUUAUAAAGCCUGAAAUCUUGGAAGAGCCGAGAGUGGCUGCUCAUGCGAAGCUUCUUCAAGCUCAAAUGCUAUGGUAAGGCUCUGCUUAAUUCUGAUUCAACGGUUCAUGAAAAUUGUAUUCUAGUGACGAGAACCACAGGGAUAUGGCCGUUGCUUCCUGUCAGCAAGCUCUAGAAGAGAACAUCAUGCUUUGGACAGCCAUUGUCACCUAUCUACGCUUCGGUGGCCAAGAACUCGCACAAAUAUUUGAAAAGCACAAUGAAAAAUCGUAAGAAAUAAAUCAUAACAGCUGAUUUUACACAGUCUUACAGGAAUGAAUCUCUUAUCGUCAGCCCAGCGACGACCAUGCAGUCCGCAACCACGUCUCCAUCUUCUGGUGGUGGUUCUAGCACUGGUUCUUCUACUACUACCCCACCGUCAACAGAAUCGACGUCUGCUAACAGUAGUAGUCAAGGGUCAACUGCUUCCACGAGGAGAUCCGCUCGUGCAGCAGCAGCAGCACCUAGCUCGGUCACCAGUCGUGAGAUGAGGAGUUCUGCUUCGAAUACUCCUUCUCGUCAGGAGACACCGGUUUCGACCGCCGGUCGCAAUCGCCCGACUGCUCCUCGGAAGAGCUCCCGCAUCAGUGAGAUGCAAACGCGUCGUGCCGAACCUAGCAAUACUACUGCUGCUUCGCGGUCCGCGCUGUUCACAGCACCCGAAAGACCACAUGCUCGAGCUACUCACAGCUCCAGAAAUCGCUCAAAGUUCGUGUGAAGGUGGUUUUUGAAACGUUUGGCUCUUGAAUUUCAGCGCUGCUCUCAACAGCGACACGGAGAACUCAAACGCCGCCAAUACAAGAACAAGAAGUGGGGCCGCUGCAUCCGCAAGAGGAACUGCUUCUGCUCAGAGAGUACAAAAUAGUCAAAUUUCAGAGCAGAAUUCAGACAUUUUUUUGUAGACCAAUCCUGUGCGCUCUUCGACCAGAAUUGCUGACGCUAGCAAAGUGAAGACGCCAAGUCAGAGAAAACGAAACGAGAAGCAACCAUUGGUUUCGAGAAACUCCAAUUUGGCACGCAGUCUGUCGGGGUCGACAAAUUCCGUAAAUAUUAUUUGGAAGAGUAGCUCAAGCUGUUCUAGCAGUUACAGGUGGCGUCAACAUCGAGCGAUCGCCCCUCCGAGGACGACAUGGCUCAGACGAAUACAGAAUCCGCCGCUUCUACGAUGGCCGUCGACGAGCCGAUGGAGGACUCUGUGGAGCUUUUUAACUCCGAAUACAGUAAGAGGAUCUGAAAUGUCAAUAAUUAAUUUGUUCUUUGCAGAGGAUUUCUUCGGAAUUUAUCAGCAUGUGGCACUAAUUGAAGAAGCCAUUAACACUUACAGCUGGAGAUCUGCUGAUCAAUUGUUCACGAAACUCGACAAAGAAACCGUUAUGAACGCGUCGAUUGUCCGCCUCCAGCUGGGAAGAGCGUGCUUCGAACAAUCCGAGUACCGAGAGUGUCGUAUCAUUCUCGAAGAACUUCACAAUCGGAAGAAGUGGAAGGUUGACGGAACUGAGCUGCUGUCAACUUCGAUGUGGCAUCUCCAGGACACUCACGCGUUGUCCGCACUUUCUCAGACUCUGACGACCGAUUCCCGCGAAAGACCACAAAGUUGGUGUGCCGCAGGAAACUGCUUUUCUCUGCAACGACAGCAUCCACAAGCCAUCGAGUGCAUGGAAAGGGCUCUUCAAUUGGAUAAACGUUUCGCUUACGCCUACACUCUUCUCGGGCACGAGUUGAUUGUGCAGGAUGAGCUCGACAAGGCUGCCGGAUCUUUCAGGUUCGGUUUCUACUACUCAUUCGCUAGUCUAUUCAUAGUUUAUAAACUGUUUAUUCUUAGGUCUGCCCUGAUGUUGUCACCACGAGACUAUCGUGCGUGGUAUGGCCUCGGACUCGUUCAUCUGAAAAAAGAGCAGAAUCUGCUGGCUCUCACCAACAUCCAGAAGGCAGUUUCAAUCAAUCCGACAAACAGAGCCAUGCUCUGCACCCUCUCUCAAAUCGAGCAGCAGCGGGGAGAAGUGGAAACUGCCCUCGUGCUCAUCGACCGUGCUCUCACUCUCAAUCCACUCGACGUCGCAUGCCGAUUCAACAGAGCACGUCUUUUGUUCGAAUCGAAAAGAAACGAAGAAUGUCUGCUGGAAUUGGACAAACUGAAAGCGAGCUCGCCUGAUGAGGCGUUUGUCUUCCAUUUACUCGGUAAGAACAAGACAAUAUGAAGGCUCAGAAAAGAAUUACCCUUGUUUAGCACGAGUACAUCGGCGAAUGGGCAACACUCACAUGGCUCUGCUGAACUACAGUUGGGCCGCCGAGCUUGAUCCGCGUGGCGAACAGAACAUUGCCGACGGUGCGAAUGGAUUAGGUAGCCGCGAAGAGUACGAGGAUGACGAAUACGGCUCGCCGGUCUGA